AUGAAGGUAAAACACUGUGUUUCAGGUACCAGUAGAGUGGAUGAUGCUCAUGUGUUCAUCGGUUCUGGUGAAAAUGUCCGUCUGCCCUGUAAUAAUGCUCUUUCUGACUGUACAACAACUACAUGGACCUACAGCAGACAUUCAACAGCAGUUUCACUGAUUGAAUUAGGGAUAAAGAAGAAAGACACAGAGAGACAUGAGAGACUGAGUCUGGGGUCUGACUGCUCUCUGAACAUCAAGAACAUCACAGAAGAAGAUUCUGGAUCUUACACCUGCAGACAAUAUGUGAAUGACAAACAACAAGGAACUGAUGCACGUGUUUAUCUGCAUGUUCUUCAUGCUGUGACUGUGAUUGUGAUUGUUGUCGCUUCAUUCGCUGUUCUCCUUCCUGCUCUUAUUCUCUGGAUGAUUCGCAGAAAAAGAGACGAUAACAGAAGAGGAACUGAUGACUCUGAGGAGCAGACAGAUGAUCAUGUGACUUAUUCUGAGGUCACUGCGUACAGUAAAAACCAAGACAAAAAGAACAAGGUUCGCUGUGAUGAUAAAGUGACUUAUGCUUCCAUCAGAGGAGCAAAAGCUGGAUCUCAGGAAAACUGCAGUGAACUUUAUGCCUCUGUGAACUAGAACCAUCACAAAUCAGUUAAAAUUAAGAAUAUGAAUAUUACAUAACUUACUCCUUAUGGUUUCAUUCAGUGCCAUUAUAAAUACUUUCAAUGUCUUUUACAUGUUAACAAACAAACCCAAGUGAUGCUCUGAUUUAUUUGUAGUUAUUGGUUAUUUUUCUCAGUUCAGCAUGUUUUUUGUAUAGUUUCUGUCUGCUUGUUGAUCAGUUAAUGCUAGUGUCUUUAUUAUUAAUUCAGAGCUGCAGGUUUGUACAAAGUCUAGAAAAUGAGGACACUUUUACUCUCUUAUUCUCAUUAAAUCAUCUAUUUUAUUGAGCGGUUAAUUAACUGUCAGCUUGCACUAAUUAUGAAAACAGCCAAAGCUACUUGAUGUUGUAACCCCGGGGUGUCCAAACCUGCUCCCGGAGGGCCACUGUCCCGCAGAAUUUAUCUUCAACCCCAAAUAAACACACCUGAUUCAGCUAAUCAAGGAGUUACUUGACAUACUAGAAAUUUCCAGUCAGGUGUGUUCAGGCAAGUUGGAGCUGAAGUCUGCAGGACAAUGGCCCUCCAGGACUGAGUUUGGACAGCCUGAUGUAAGCGUUUAUCACAUG